CAGACGCUUUAAUGCAAUGCUCUCUCUAUUUCUCUAUCUUCCCUUUGCGAUCGAUUAGUGCUUCGGAGACUUCGGUGAAAGACGACGGAAAACUGAUAGCACCUUUGGCAAAAGUGGUAAAGCGUCUAGGGAAACCCCUGCUGUGUGUUUACGGUGAAUAGAAAACGGCAAGCAGAACGAUGCCCAACAAGUUUGUGAGCGCGUGCAAAGAGGAGCUCGAGGUUCGGAACUGCGGGUUUGCCCAUCUCCCGGCAGAGGAGUUUGUUAAAUCACAGUGGCAAACAAGAACGAAGUCAAUAUGCUUCCUGCUCUAUCGGUUAGCGUUGGCCAUCUUCUUCACCGGUGUGGUCAUCAACUCGAUGGUGGUCGCCGUAGAACGCGACGAGUUCAGUAAAUACUUCAUCUAUCUAACACACUGGGGCAUUCUGCUGUGCAUGGGAACGACCGUAAUGGGCGCGGUGCUGGUGAUGAUUUGGUACUUCCAUCCGGAAUAUUCAGAGAGAGUUUGCAAUAGCGAUGAAAUGCCCAACUCGUUUAAAGUGUACUGGAUGCUGCACAACAUCACGCUAAUCCUGUCCGUGUGCAUUACCGUCAUCUACUGGGCGAUCCUGCACAAUGAAACAAUGCCAGUCGAUCCGAACAACAUCCUGAUCCAUGCUUGCAACUGUGUCUUCAUGUUUCUCGACCUUAUUAUCGUGGCAUACCCGGUGCGAAUAUGGCACGUACUGCAACCGAUCACUUUCGGGCUGGUGUACUGCAUAUUCUCGCUCAUCUACUACGCGGCCGAUGGUACAGAUAGAUUCGGCCGGCCAUACAUUUACAACGUUCUGGACUGGAACGAGCCGGGCAAGGCGAUGGUAACGGUGGUCGGCACCAUCCUGCUAGCCAUGAUCGUCCACGUGCUAAUGUUUGCGAUCUACAAGCUGCGGGUGAAGAUCUAUCUGCGGCACUUCAACCACAAACCAAUCAUCCCAACCAACUCGACGCUGCAGCUGCAGACUGGCAAGUGUAAUGGCAUUUCGAUGGUGUACGGCAACGAUAACAAGGCGUUCAGCAUCGGCGAGCGGUACUGAGGAACGUACUGGAUCGGUCUGGGGAUGGGCAACAAUGUUUCGGAGAUCGAUCAGAGCAGACCCAUGCACACCGUGGUUUACGUACGUCAGCUAGAGCGCACUUUUAAUUAGGAGGUUCCGUUUUCUCUGGGGGUAUAGAGUAGCGAGAAUAAUCUGAAAAAAAGCUACAGAAAAGGUAUUUGUUUUGUUAAGUAUUAUGUGUAAGCAUCUUUUUGUACAAUGCUAAGAGUAAACUGUGAUUAUGUGUUAAUAAAGGUAAUGAUACAUUUUAAAAUUGUUAAACUUUA